GAGACCGGCGCUAUAUAAGGCUCGCUGGCUGCUUUUUUGCUGCCAGUCUGUGUGCGGGGAGCGAGUGGGAAGCUUGUGAUACAACGAGAGGAGAGGGAGGGAGUCAAAGCGUCGGCUCAGCCUGUGGAUUUACAAGCGCGACAGCCUCUCAUUAGGAAACCCUGGACUUGUAUCCCGGCUUUGCACGGGAGACCACUCGGAGGGCAGGAAAGAUGCCUCUUAACGCCAAUUUUCCCAGCAAGAACUACGACUACGAUUAUGACUUGCAGCCCUGCUUCUUCUUUCUGGAGGAGGAGAACUUCUACCACCAGCAAAGCCGACUGCAGCCGCCGGCCCCCAGUGAGGACAUCUGGAAGAAGUUUGAGCUGCUCCCCACCCCGCCCUUGUCACCCAGCCGGAGAUCCAGCCAGUCCAGCCUUUUCCCCUCUACGGCUGAUCAGCUGGAGAUGGUGACCGAAUUCCUGGGAGGGGACAUGGUCAACCAGAGCUUUAUCUGUGAGGCGGAUGACGAAGCCUUGCUGAAGUCCAUAGUCAUACAGGACUGUAUGUGGAGUGGCUUCUCGGCGGCGGCCAAGCUGGAGAAAGUGGUGUCUGAGAAGCUGGCGUCAUACCAGGCUUCUAGGAAAGAGAGUGCUCUGUCUACUUCUCAGUGCCAGAGUCAACCGCCACAGAGCCCUCUUAAAUCUCCCUCGUGUGAUGGGAGCUUAAAUCUCGGAGGGACCAACAGGAGCAGCCAUGAAUUCCUCCAGGACCCCAGCUCGGAUUGUGUUGACCCUUCAGUGGUCUUCCCAUACCCACUGAACGACAGCAUUUCCAACGCCAGCUCACCUUGCCAAGAUCUCAUGUUGGAAACACCACCCAUCAGCAGCAACAGCAGCAGUAGUGAAUCAGAAGACGAACAGGAAGACGAUGACGACGAUGAAGACUGCGACGAGGAAGAGGAGAUUGACGUUGUCACGGUAGAAAAAAGGCAGACGGCGUCCAGGCGGAUGGAAUCCGGUUCUCAUUCGCAGUCCUCCCGACCCCACCACAGCCCGUUAGUUCUGAAGCGGUGUCACGUUCCCAUUCACCAACACAACUACGCGGCAUCUCCCUCAACCAAAGUGGACUAUGUUUCUUCCAAGAGGGCGAAACUAGAAAGCAACGUCCGGGUCCUCAAACAGAUCAGCAAUAACCGCAAGUGCGCCAGCCCCAGGUCCUCGGAUUCCGAAGAGAACGACAAGAGGCGGACGCACAACGUUUUAGAGCGUCAGAGGCGGAACGAGCUUAAGUUGAGUUUCUUCGCCUUGCGAGACCAGGUACCCGAGGUGGCGAACAACGAGAAGGCCCCCAAAGUCGUCAUCCUCAAAAAGGCAACGGAAUACGCAAUUUCUAUGCAGGAGGACGAGCGACGGCUCAUACGGGAAACAGAACAGUUAAAGUACAGGAAAGAGCAGUUAAAACAGAGACUCCAACAGCUAAGGAACUCUGUCUAAUUCACAAACUCUUAUUUACACUUUAUAUAUAAACUGUGACCGUCUAUAUCAAGGUUGUCUCUUCCUCGAGACAGACUACAAAACUGAAUUUGUAGAACAUGGACAACUGCAUGCAGAUGAUUUCACAACUACACAACCUUGGCAUGGUCUCAAACAGAUUCUGCCAGCACCUUAAAACUGCCUCAAUACUGGGAUUUGGGUAUUAUGGGACUGUUUGUAAUUUUUUUUUUUUUUUUUUCCUGCUUAUUUUUGUUUGUUUGUUAUUGUUGUUUUACAACCUUUGUAUUUAAAACAUUUAUUUUUCUUAUAAACAAAUUCCUGAAGUUUGCCUCUGAAUAGCUUACAUAUAUAUCCAUCGUUGCUGACUCGUCUAUAAUAUCAUUAAUAGAUCGUUAUAGAAAUUAUUGUAUUCACUUCUAACCGCUAUGGCGCAAAAGAAAAGAAAAAAGCAAAACUAUUUUUUUUUGUGUUUUGCUAAUUAGUACCAUGAACGCAUUUAACGGACUUUUUUAUGUUUUGUUGAUUUUAAAAAGAAAAGAAUUAACAUUUUUAUCUUUUCAAGUUUCAUUUGGAUAAUUCUGUAUUGGAGCUAGUCGUACCAGUUUCUGAAGAACUGAUGAAGAAGGCACUGACCAACAUGUAAUUUCAAAAAAAUACUAAAAGUACUUAAUAUUAUCCCAUACCCUGUAUCCUUGUCAUGUGAAAACCCCUAACCUGCUGGCUGCUCAUGGUGUCCUGUUGUAGUAGCAGCAGCAGGAUAAUGGUCUUUCCUAGUAACACAGAAGCAGUCUGAUGAUGUUUCUAUAUUGAUUCUCUUAAAGAUAUUAUAACAUGCUGGUCUGAAAAAUUCAUCAUUUGUUUAUUGUAAGGCUUGUUUUUGCUUAAGAUGAAACUAUUCACGUGGGGUCCGACCUCCCGUAAGGAUAGUGACAUUUAACAUGGCAAGCUGUUUGGAAUAAGCUUCAGAAAAUAAAAAUCAAGUUAAAAAA